CACAGACAUCGAUGAUCGAUUCAAUAUACAAAACUACGAAGAGGAUAAGAAAUUUUACUGAGAAGUGGGAACUUUUUAAAUCCGCUAAACAGUUGUGAACGAACAGGAACUUCCGCUGAGUACAGAUAUCGCUUACGCAUAUGCAUUCAGGGGGGAGGAAAGGUCAAUUUUUUGGAGUUCACCAGUUCAGUGAGUUCACACUGUCUCUGAUUCCAGAAAGAAAGAUACAGAAAUACUAUAAAAGAACAACUAUUGUCUGUUUGCUCUCAAGUUGUGCAUAAUGCCCGAGAAAUCUUCUGCUCGACAAAAAGCCCAGGCUGGGAAACGAGUAUUAGAUGAAUAUGCAAGGAAAAGACGUCAGAGACGGCAACUGGAUGCCUUGGAGAUGGAUAACUUUGGUGAUGAUCCCCAUGCCAACCUUGCAAAAGCCAAGAAAUUGCCAUCAUUUAUAGAUUCUCCAGAGGAAAAGAAGAGAAAGAAGAAAAAAGGUACAGGAGAACAUUUUAAACAGAGGUUUAAGAAAACAUUUGUUCUAUUACUUGAGGAAGAGAAACAAGAAUUUGAAGAGGGUGAACCAAACUAUGUGACAGCUUGUGUUCCACCUUCAAGGUUUCCUGAACGUCGUUUCUGUUCAGUUUGUGGAUUUCCCUCGAAUUACACAUGCGUUCAAUGCGGAAGCCGUUAUUGCUGUGUCAAGUGUUUAGGAACUCACCAAGAUACUAGAUGUUUGAAAUGGACUGCUUAGGCAGAUGGUCAUGUGGUUUGAAGUCAAAGAUAACCUACCAACAAGACUAUAUACCUGCAGUGCUUACAGUGCAAUACAGUACAGUACACUUGUGAUGCUGCAGUAAAAUUCAAAUUCACACAUUCAUCUUGUUAACAGGCAGAGAAAAAAUCCUCUACCUAGGCAAAAUUUUGAUGCAUAAGAACCCAUGUUGUUUUCUUGAGAACUAUUAUGACUCAAAUGUGUAUCAUAUUGUAAAUUGUUACCAUGGGUGGUACAAAUACUAGCAUCUGAGACAAACAUCUAACUUGCAAUGCCAUGAUGAAUCAAUGUUUUCAACCUUUAUUUCGCAUCUAGCAGAAGAUCCAAAACUGUGCACAUUUCAACUACUUAACAACAAAUAAAUGUAAACCACUUCAGAAUAAC